UUUCUUUUUUUCUUUUUGUAAUGAGACGCUCAACCGGUCAGAACCCUUGCCUCCUGUCCACGCCGGGCCCCCGCGAGAACCACUGAGGACGUAUGGGUGGAGGUGGUGUUGAAAGCGGCCGAGAUGCAUUCGGAGCCAGAGUGGGCCCGAGCUGGGGCCACCUUGGUCAUCCCGGCCCACAGCCCGGCCCCGCAGGGUCGCCUGUAGGCUUGGGCCUGGCCGACGACUUUCGCGAACUAACCACCAGGAGGAGUAAGUGGGAAGGGGCGGAGUUUGUCCUCGGCCCCGGGAGGGAGGGGUGUUGGCUGGAGAGUUUGUGAAAAGUUGUGAGACCAGCAGGAGGAAGUGGGGAGAGAGGCGUUGGGGCUGUUCCGGAGGUCGAGCACAGGGUGGUCUUAAGUGACCCCCGAGGAGCCCCCGCGGCUGGAAAGGAGCCGAGCGCCUGCAUGAAAGGAGGAACCUGCUGGGAAGUUCGCUUCUACCUGAGCCCGGAAUUCCAGCGUCGGGUCCCGCAGCCUUUCCCCUGCGUGGUGGCUCUGGUGGCCGCGUCCGCGCCCCAGCAAUGAGGAUCCGGAUGGCCGUGAGGUGGACGUGGGCAGGCAAAAGCUGCCUGCUGCUGGCGCUUUUAACAGUGGCCUAUCUCCUGGUGGAACUCUCCGUCUCCACUCUCCAUGCCUCCCCAGGAGCCGGCCUUACCAGGGAGCGGGGCCCAAGACAGCUCUCAGACUCCGGGAAGAAAGCAGUGGAUUUGUCUCGACCGCUUUAUGAGAAGCCCCCUGCAGAUUCCCAUGCACUUGGGGAGUGGGGGAAGGCCAGCACACUCCAGCUCAAGGAGGGUGAACUGAAGCAGCAAGAAGAACUCAUUGAGAGAUAUGCCAUUAAUAUUUACCUCAGUGACAGGAUUUCCCUGCACCGCCACAUAGAGGAUAAAAGAAUGUAUGAGUGUAAAUCCAAGAAAUUUAACUAUAGGAGACUUCCCACCACUUCUGUUAUCGUUGCUUUCUAUAAUGAAGCCUGGUCGACUUUGCUCCGCACCAUCCACAGUGUUUUAGAAACUUCUCCUGCAGUCCUUUUGAAGGAGAUCAUCUUAGUCGAUGACUUGAGCGACAGAGUUUAUUUGAAGACACAACUUGAAACUUAUAUCAGCAAUCUCGAUAGAGUCCGCUUGAUUAGAACAAAUAAGCGGGAGGGGCUGGUUAGGGCCCGUCUGAUUGGGGCCACUUUUGCCACUGGGGAUGUCCUCACUUUCCUGGAUUGUCACUGUGAGUGUAAUACUGGUUGGCUGGAGCCACUUUUGGAAAGGAUUGCUAAAGAUGAAACAGCAAUUGUUUGUCCUGUUAUAGACACCAUUGAUUGGAAUACUUUUGAAUUCUAUAUGCAGACUGGGGAGCCCAUGAUUGGUGGGUUUGACUGGCGUCUAACGUUCCAGUGGCAUUCUGUCCCCAAACAUGAAAGGGAGAGGAGGAAAUCGAGAAUUGACCCAAUCAGAUCACCCACCAUGGCUGGAGGACUGUUUGCUGUCAGCAAAAAAUAUUUUCAGUACCUUGGAACUUAUGACACUGGGAUGGAAGUGUGGGGAGGUGAAAAUCUGGAGCUGUCUUUUAGGGUGUGGCAGUGUGGAGGUAAACUGGAGAUCCACCCCUGUUCUCACGUGGGCCACGUUUUCCCCAAGCGGGCGCCAUAUGCUCGGCCCAAUUUCCUGCAGAAUACUGCUCGGGCAGCGGAAGUGUGGAUGGACGGGUACAAAGAGCAUUUCUACAAUCGAAACCCUCCAGCAAGGAAAGAAGCUUAUGGCGAUAUUUCUGAAAGAAAGUUACUACGAGAACGGCUGAGGUGCAAGAGCUUUGACUGGUAUUUGAAAAAUGUGUUUUCUAAUUUACAUGUUCCAGAGGAUAGGCCAGGCUGGCACGGAGCUAUUCGCAGUAUUGGGAUCUCUUCUGAAUGUUUAGAUUAUAAUUCUCCUGACAACAACCCCACAGGUGCUAACCUUUCACUGUUUGGAUGCCACGGUCAAGGAGGCAAUCAAUUCUUUGAAUAUACUUCGAACAAAGAAAUAAGGUUUAAUUCAGUGACAGAGUUAUGUGCAGAGGUUCCUGAGCAAAAAAGUCACGUGGGAAUGCAAAAUUGUCCCAGAGAUGGGUUUCCUGUUCCAGCAAACAUUAUUUGGUAUUUUAAAGAAGAUGGAACCAUUUUUCAUCCCCACUCAGGACUGUGUCUUAGUGCUUACCGGACACCUGAGGGCCGACCUGAUGUUCAAAUGAGAACUUGUGAUGCUCUAGAUAAAAAUCAAAUCUGGAAGUUUGAGAAAUAGAAGAGCAUAACAGCACUUUCUCGUCCUGAGCUGACGAUAGCUUGAGCAAAGUCAAAGAGCCUUCAGAGAGCCUCAGUGAAGAUUAAGUUUAUCAGCAUUCACCCAGUGGUCAUCUGCAAGAGCUCUGUAAAAGCUGUGGAUCAUUUUGGUAAAAACACUGAAACUGGGUACACAGAGAGCUGCUGUUUAAUAUUUCAAAGUGCCUUACUUAUGGGUUUUAUUUAAGAGCUUUGUCAAUAUGGUCUCUUCUUAAUGAAUUUGACUUGAGAUACACAAAACAUUUAAGUGCCAGACUUAAUGUUAAAGAACGUAAAAGUCCAUGCAAAACGAGGGAUGAUUUAUUUUGAUGGGUAAGUUCAUUGCGCAUCCCAUCAAAAAAAAAAAAAAACAACUCAUAAAUGUGCAGUUUGAGCUAUUGCUAUUUUUAUUGUACAUAGAAUUUGAAUUUCCUUUAGCCAGCACAUUAAAUUUUAGGUUUUGUUUAUUUUUUUAAUUCUAAUUUUCCUUUACUCAAAUAGAAAUCAAGGAAAGUUAAUCUUAAGGAGAAAGACCUGGUUUAGACAUAUGUGUCAUUAGAUGUGAAUUUGAAUGUAAGUUUAGAGGUCUUUUUAACAUACAGACAUCUCAGAAAAAUAUACCCAUAUCUGAAUGAAAUGAGAGAUAUUUACAUUCCAGACUGCAAACUUGAGCUAUUGGACUUAACUGAUCUAUAUUGAUACCUCACAUCACUCUGAUUUUGUAAGCUGUCCUCUCUGUGAACUUGUUUGUGUGUGUAGGGCAUUUUCUGAUUGCACUUCCUUAAGUUAUGAAUGUAUUGGAGAGGGACUCGUUCAGAAUACUGUGCUUCUCUUUGUUAAUGCUUAAUCACUUAAAGUAAAUGCUUAAUCACUUAAAAUUAACACAAUAGAGGACAGCUGCAUUUACUGAAAUGUGUGAAACUGAAAGUGGGCCCACAUCUACAAAAACUGUGGAACUCUCCUACAGACUUCUUGCUGAUUAGGACUUUUAAGGAUCAAUUUUAAGAAAACAAGGGGAAAAGAUAGCCUUGGCAAUGGUGGAUGCUGCCUUCCAGGUUGUUUUCUGCACCUAACCCUGAGCCUGGUGCUUAGGCAGCUGUCAGUAGUUGUGGGUGAAUGACUGACUGAAUGAAUGGCUCAGCUGAUGAUUGUGACUUUGGUCAAGUCAUUUGAUUGACUUAGUUUGGGCCUCAGUUUCUCAUCUGUAAAAUGUGGGUGCUGGAGCAGGUCUUGAAGAUCUCUCCAGCUCUGAAAUGUUAUGCUUGUACAUUCAGUCACUGUGCAAUCUUUACAACACCUUUAUUUCCUCCCUGCUAACGUAGGUAAUGUUGUUGCGCAACGUUCAGUCCAGUUAUGAAGCUGGAAAAAAAGAAAUGGUUUUAAAAAUUAAGUGAGCUGAGCUCAACUGAAGUGGUUUAUUUUGGAUUGAAUGGAGAGUUGUGGUCAGUGUUUGUAUUCAUUUUAUUUUGACAAUUGCUGAACCAAUUUUUGUUUUUUAUCUUUAAUCUUUCAAACUCUAAAAGUUAUCUUUUGGGUUAAGAAUAUGAAUAUUUUCCAAACUAAAUUAUGCAAGAAGUAAACAUACUUUAAAAAAUUAUUUUUACUGGUUUUAUUCCAAUGUUGUAUCCAGAAUUCAAUCACAGGCUGAAUUCAGAAUUAAAUCUUAAUUAGUUCAUUGUGGUCUAGAUUUGUGAAAAAUGCAUGCUCCAUAAAGCAUCAGUCCACAGUACUCGGAAGUUGUUUUCGGUGUCUACUUGAUGACUUGGAGAGUAGGAACUUUGCAAAAUCUAAAUUUAAGAAAAGUUUGUAGGAUAACCAUUUCAAAAAGUAAAAUUGCUAUGUAUUUUGAAUAUUUUGUUUCUCUUUUGUUUCUUAAAAUAAAAAUGUGUUAAUAACUUUAUGUUAUGUAGCAAAGAAUUGUCCAGAUUCCAUGUGCAGUGUGCAUGGCCCUGGGUACAGUUUAGGAGGGUUUGUAAUCUGCUCUGAUGUGGUUAAUUGGCAGCAGAUAUGCUCCUAAACCCACCCUCACCCCUUGCUCAGUCUGCCUUUUCGUCUUUAAAAAUCACCCUUUCUCUUUUUAUUUAUUUUUGUUGUUCUUCUUAUCCCCCUAUCAAAUGGGAAACUAAGAUUGACAUAUUCUAAAUGUACUUACUGGAAUUAUUUUUAUUCUAGAAUCUUGCUGCUCCCAUCGAAAAAAAAGGGAGCAUUGAAAAGUAAAGCGCUUAAUUCUUUAUUUACCUUUUGCCUAAAUUGCAGGGUGUGACCUGUUAAUCUUUUUGGAAGAAAUUUUAGGCUAGUGUUUUAUUUAUAUCAGUAAUUUGGAAUCAGUGGGCUGUUCAUUCCUCACAGUAAUGUAGGUAACGGAAGAAUGAGACCCAAUUUUCAUAUAUAGGCAUUUCCAAUUUAAUUCCUAAAAUACACUGUAAAACUACAAAGUAUAUUUUGAUUGCCUACUUCUAAUUUAUUGGUACCAAAGCUGUCUUUUGCAGUAGAUAAUUAAGAGUUGAUCUUUUAAUUUAUAUGCUUAAAAACAGUUUUAUAAAAAAUUUGGUAGACAAGAAGUUUCAACUUUAAAUGGUCACUAUGUUAUUUAGUGUUCAGUUCUAUGAAUAUGUUGAGUAAAUAGUCAUUUUUAGCAGCCAUUUAAAAAAAUGAUAAUCUGGUCAUCUACAGGAUCUCUAUAACUCAGAAUAACUUGUUUGUAAACGAAGAUUUGUCUGUGCACCCAGUAGUAGGCUCCUGAGUAUUCAUUAAUUGUUGGCAAAUCUCACUUUUCUAGGUUGAUGAUAGGAGGUUAUUUUUCAGUUGUGUAAUUUUAGUUGGUUUAGGGUCUCAAUUUUAAUUAAUAAAAUACUUAGUUUUGA